AACAAAAAAAAAAAAAAACAGAACAACUAAAGUAUUAAAAUGAAAGCGAAAUCAAGACAUGGAGGUUUGGUUGUAAUGUUGGUUCUUGUAAUUGUUUCUUGCUUCAUCGAGAAUAUGGCCAGGAGCUCGACCAAGGUUUCGUCUCAUGAACAUGUUCGAAGUUAUCUACCUAGAAGUGUACCAUUUGCUCUCUACAACAAAGACAAGAUGCUAAAAUCAUUCCCAUCUUAUAAUGAGUAUCGCAAAAGAUUCAAUCUAGCCUCAGUGGAUGUUUGGCAAACAGCGAGAAGCAAGAGUAGAGAUGGUUUCAUCACAUUGAGCAUAAAAUCAAUGCAUUUUUUCGUCUCAAAGUUUGUGCAGUUGAGAUAUUCGAUAUCAACAGCAACACCAGUGAGUCGCUCUUGGACUUGUCGAAUUAUUUUCUGGGUAACAUUAACUCGAUCAGUCUCGUCCAUGGCCAACGACACAACUCUAUGAUAUAUUUUUUCAUCUUGAUAGAUAAAGUGUGGUUUGGUUGAUAUGUAUGUGGGCAUGUAAACUAUAAGGUGA